UUGCUCUCUCCGUCGCAGACGAAGCUCAGCUGCUUGAGAGAAAAAAGAUUGGGAGAGUGAAAAUAGACAUUUGGAGAUGACUGACUACGAAGGGAACGGGGAUGGUGAGGAAUUUAAUAACAACUACCCUGCUGGCUUCUCCCCACAGCCUCGGGCUAGCAGUCAUAGCCAUGGCGGUGCAGAUGACCACAGCGAUUCCAAAUCUCAGCAUGGGUCUCGUGAUUAUGAAAGAGAAUCUUCCAAAAGUAGGGAGAAAGGUAGAGAAAAACGUGAGAAGGACCGGGAGAGAGAUAGGGAUCAUGAAAGAAGUAAGGACAGGGAGAGGGACCGAGACAAGGAUCGUGACAGUCAUUAUAAGGAUCGCCAUAGGGAUCGUAGUGACAGGAGGGAGCGAGGAAGAGAUAGAAAUGAUGAUGAUUAUUUUCGAAGCCGAGAUUAUGACAGAAAGAGAGAUUAUGAUAGGGAGGAAAGGCAUAGGCACCAGUCUCGUUCGAGGGGUAGGUCUGAGCACCGAUCAAAGUCAAGGUCCCGGUCUCGCUCGCCCUCAAAAAGCAAAAGGAUUAGUGGUUUUGACAUGGCACCUCCUGCCUCAGCAAUGUUAGCUGGUGCUGCCCCUGCAGCAGGUCAGAUGCCUGGUGCUAACCCAGCUAUACCUGGGAUGUUCUCAAACAUGUUUCCUCUAGCAACUGGGCAGCAGUUUGGUGCUCUUCCCAUAAUGCCAGUACAGGCAAUGACCCAGCAGGCUACUAGGCAUGCUCGGAGAGUAUAUGUUGGAGGGCUAUCUCCUUCAGCAAAUGAACAGUCUGUGGCAACUUUUUUCAGCCAGGUUAUGGCCGCAAUUGGAGGAAACACUGCUGGCCCAGGGGAUGCUGUUGUCAAUGUCUAUAUAAACCAUGAAAAGAAGUUUGCUUUUGUGGAGAUGAGAUCAGUUGAGGAGGCCAGCAAUGCGAUGGCCUUAGAUGGGAUUAUAUUUGAGGGAGCACCUGUUAAGGUGAGGAGGCCUAGUGAUUACAACCCGUCUCUUGCUGCAACCCUUGGACCUAGCCAGCCCAAUCCCAAUCUUAACUUGGCUGCUGUUGGUCUCACUCCGGGUUCAGCUGGUGGACUUGAAGGUCCUGAUCGCAUAUUUGUGGGUGGGGUCCCGUAUUAUUUCACAGAAGCACAGAUUAGAGAGUUGUUGGAAUCUUUUGGUCCCCUUCGAGGUUUUGAUCUAGUAAAAGAUAGAGAAACCGGGAAUUCUAAAGGCUAUGCAUUUUGUGUCUAUCAAGAUCUUUCUGUGACAGAUAUAGCUUGUGCCGCUCUGAAUGGAAUUAAAAUGGGUGAUAAGACACUCACAGUCAGGCGUGCAAAUCAGGGAGCUACCGAACCUAAACCUGAGCAAGAAAAUGUACUAUUACAUGUACAGCAGCAGAUUGCAUUGCAGAGGCUUAUAUUACAGCAGCCCGCUGCAAUAAUACCCUCCAAGGUUGUGUGUCUAACCCAAGUAGUUUCUGAGGAUGAGCUCAAAGAUGAUGAGGAGUAUGAAGACAUUCUGGAGGACAUGAGGCAAGAAGGUGGAAAAUUUGGUACAUUGGUGAAUGUUGUCAUCCCACGCCCUAACCCAAAUGGCGAACCAUCACCUGGUGUUGGGAAGGUGUUCUUGGAGUAUGCAGAUGUUGAAGGUUCUACAAAGGCGAGGACAGGAAUGAGCGGUAGGAAAUUUGGUGGGAAUACUGUUGCAGCGGUCUUCUUCCCGGAGGAUAAGUUUGCUCAGGGGGAGUAUGAAAAUUAAUUUGUUUGUCCAAGCAAAGUAUUGCUUGGGUAGGUCGUAAGCUAAAGUUGUUCAAUGAACGCACUGGAUUGGGGAUCUUCUCCUGUGUUAACUUUUUUAGCUUUUUCUUGGGUCAGCAAUUUACUACGCAUACUUUUGUGCUAUUGUACUUGCUUGCAGGACUAAUUAGUCGAAUAUAUUGGGUUCUUAUGGGCCUUAGACCUAAGUGUGAAAUUUGAUCCAUAAAAGAGUUUUCACUUAAUUUUUUUUCACAAAAAUGAGUGAUAUUAUUACUAAAAUAUUUAAUAUUUACAUUUAAUAAUUUGUAAUA